ACCACACUGGCGCGUGAGGUUGCGCCGAAGGUGGGGGCGGGACAACCGAACUUCUCAAUGUCGGAGAGCGCGCGCUGACAUCAACCUCCCCAUGCGCAGCGCCCAGAAAUAUAUCGCUCUAAAUUUUACCAAUCGACUCCUGCUGUCUGUUUACCAAAUUGUCCUACUUUUUUUUAAUAUACGAGACAUUCCCAGAGCACGGAGGUGUAGAUGAAUCCUUCCGGAAUAGUCACCGUGGUGCUUCUGCUGGUGGUCCUGACAGCGCAAGGCUGUUUGUCAUCUAAGGGGGAGGACAGGCUGUUCAGGAAUUUAUUCAGGCGAUACAACCAGUUCAUCAGACCAGUGGAGAAUGUCUCUGACCCUGUCACCGUGGAGUUUGAGGUCUCCAUAUCCCAACUGGUCAAAGUGGAUGAAGUCAAUCAGAUUAUGGAGACCAAUUUAUGGCUGAGACAUGUCUGGAAUGACUACAAACUGAAAUGGGUUCCCAUCGAGUAUGACGGACUUGAGUUCAUUCGUGUGCCCUCCAAUAAGAUAUGGAGGCCGGACAUCGUCCUCUACAACAAUGCUGUGGGAGAUUUCCUGGUUGAGGACAAGACCAAAGCUCUGCUGAAGUUUGACGGCACCAUCACCUGGAUCCCCCCCGCCAUCUUUAAAUCCUCCUGCCCCAUGGACAUCACUUACUUCCCCUUCGACUACCAGAACUGCUCCAUGAAGUUUGGCUCCUGGACCUACGACAAGGCCAAGAUUGACCUAGUGCUCAUAGGGUCAAAGGUGAACCUCAAGGACUUCUGGGAGAGUGGCGAGUGGGAGAUCAUCGACGCGCCGGGCUACAAACACGACAUCAAGUACAACUGCUGUGAGGAGAUCUACCCAGACAUCACCUACUCUUUCUACAUCAGACGCUUGCCUCUCUUCUACACCAUCAACCUCAUCAUCCCUUGUCUCCUCAUCUCCUUCCUCACCGUCCUCGUCUUCUACCUCCCCUCUGACUGUGGAGAGAAGGUGACCCUCUGUAUCUCUGUCCUCCUGUCCCUCACUGUGUUCCUCCUGGUCAUCACUGAGACCAUCCCGUCUACGUCUCUGGUCAUCCCUCUCAUCGGGGAGUACCUCCUCUUCACCAUGAUCUUCGUCACCCUCUCCAUCGUCAUCACCGUGUUUGUGCUGAACGUCCACUACCGUACGCCUAUGACCCACACCAUGCCGGCGUGGGUCCGGUCUGUGUUCCUGGGGUUGCUGCCCAAGGUGCUGCUCAUGAGGAGGCCUGUAGACCAGGGCUGCCCCUCCUUGGGGAGUGGGAGAGGAGAUGGAACAGGAGGUGGGAGUAUUGGAGAUGGGGGUGUAGGAGGAGGAGCGAGUGGAACGGGGAAGAAGAGGAAGAACAGCAUUGGGGGAGGAAUAGGGGGCGGGUGUGUGCAGGUGGACGGGGGUGCGGUCACCGCCGAAACAGGACAGGCGGGGGCAAUGAACUGUGUGGAGUACGGCGAAGUGCAGAACAAGCCGAAUUUCCCCUGUAAGGGGAAAGAGGUGCCCAUCCCCACCGUACCCCCGGUGGUGCCCCCUCCUGCCCCCUCUGAUCCGGACCUAUCCAAACUGCCCCGAGCGCUCAGCAGCCCGCCCAAUGUCAACGCAGUGGUGGCCUUCUCCGUGGUGUCACCAGAGAUCAAACAGGCCAUCGAGAGUGUCAAGUACAUCGCUGAGAACAUGAGAACACGCAACAAGGCCAAAGAGGUGGAAGAUGACUGGAAGUACGUAGCCAUGGUGAUUGACAGGAUCUUCCUGUGGGUGUUUGUGACUGUGUGUAUCACUGGAACUCUGGGACUGUUCCUUCAGCCUCUCAUCAGCUUCUUCACAUGAACCACUCCUCUUUUCUCCUUUAUUGUCUUUCUGUCUCCGUUGUCCUCUCAUUCUCACCAAUCUUACUUUUUUGACAUUCUCUCCCUCUCGCUUCCGUUACUUAUUGCCUAUUCUACUGGCAUCUACUGUCUUCCGGUCCCGAAAGCAGGCAAAACUAUGAAAAAGACAGCAGUCCAAUUUAUAAAACAAACCUCAUUGUAACCAUUGAUGUACUGUGAGGCCCUGUUGUUGGGACCACUGCAUUGCUAUCUCCAUUACUACCCAUUUAUUAUGCCAGUAGAGAAGUUGGUUCUCGUUCUAGACAUGAUGCCAAACGGAUCUAGAAUCUGUAGCUCUGUGCUGUAUGUGGUCAGUGGCUGAGUGAAGGAGUAACUCGAGGAUGCCUCUUUCUUACUCGACAUGUUAUGAUACUGUAGUCUACUGAUUUGUUGAUGAUAUAAAUCUGUAAUAUCUUCAAUCCUGUGCUAUGCUUAUGGCUAGGAGUAUCUCCUUACCAGGAACAACUCUAUAGGAAAUACUCCUGGCCCAGGUUAUA